ACUUAAUAGACCUUUCACACAACUUUUUUACCGGAAAUACUCAAUCGUUGUGGUAAUCUUCUUCCUCUCCGCAGACUAUAAUCAGAGCCCGUCUACGGAGAGCCUGUCCACUCUCUAUUAAGCCAGUGAUAUUUAAAAACUAUUUUCCAGAACAUUCCAGAUUCAGAGCUGAGUAAACCUAGAGUAACUUUUAGAACGUAGACACCAAGGCCCAUUAACACAGGCGGGACUGGCCACAGCAGACCGAGUUCUCUGUUGGGAGGUACAAUGUCAAGAGGGAACCACUGGUGAACCCCUGGAAGGUGCCGAUGCAACCAUUACAGAUCCAAAUGGGCCUGAUGAAACAAUUUGUCAGAGCUCUAGAUAAGGAGUCGACAGCCUUCAAGUACCUUCAAGACAUCUUCCCUAAACUGUCUGAGGCAAAGGUCAAAGCCGGUGUCUUCGUUGGACCACAGGUCUUUCUACACCCCCUCUCUCUGUCAGUGUGGAGUGCUGAGGUGUGCCUUAGUUGAUCUCGCCAGACGCAUGCACGCUCACACACACACACUCUCACACUCGUCUGUUGUCCGACAAGGAUGACCAUGGAAGAGAUGAAGAAUGAAGCAGAGACGACCUCAAUUGUUUCCAUGACGCUCUACGCCGUCAUGUUCCCUGUUUUUAAUGAGUUGGAGAGAGUAAACCUGUCGGCAGCUCAGACUCUGAGGGCAGCGUUCAUAAAGGCAGAGAAGGAGAACCCAGGACUGACCCAGGACAUCAUCAUGAAGAUACUAGAGAAGAAGAACGUGGAGGUCAACUUUACAGAGUCACUCCUGCGCAUGGCAGCAGACGACGUAGAAGAGUAUAUGAUUGACAGGCCGGAGGUGGAAUUCCAGGAGUUGAAUGAGAAGGCCAGGGCCCUGAAGCACAUCCUCAGCAAGAUCCCUGACCAGAUCACAGACAGGGUGCGCUUCCUGCAGACUAUCAAAGAUAUUGCCAGUGCCAUAAAGGAGCUGCUGGACACUGUGAACAUCGUUUUCAGGAAAUACCAGUAUCAGAACCGAAGGGCACUGGAACACCAAAAGAAAGAGUUUGUGAAAUACUCAAAGAGCUUCAGCGACACGCUCAAAACAUACUUCAAAGAUGGAAAGGCGAUAAACGUGUUUGUCAGCGCCAACCGGCUCAUCCACCAAACCAACUUAAUACUGCAGACCUUCAAGACUGUGGCAUAGGAGCACGCUAGUUACACACACACAUACACACCACAGCUUUUGACAGAGAAUAGAAAACCAUGUAUGUACAAUAUAAAGACUUCCUUUUUUGAACUGUAUAAUUUAUACUGUAUGUCUUGCAUUAUUGAGGGGUGGGGGUGGGUUUCGGCUGUUUGAGGCACGUUGUUGCAUAGUUUUUGCCAGAGGUUUGUCCAUAUUUCUUUUUUUUUUUAUUGAAUAUUUUAUGUUUUCUUGAAACCGCCACAGAGAAGCUUGAGAUUUUUUGGGGGGGUUAUUUUAAUCCUUCUCACUCCCUUCUACCUUUCUUUCAUGCACUCUUAUCUGUAACCAAGAUACCCUCACAUCUUUGACACGUUUGGAUUAGCUGAAGCAAUAUGGUGGUAACCCCCCAAUCCUAACUAGUUCGGCUAUUUCCCAUCCAGACCAUACAGGUCUGCCUAGGAGUCCACUAGCCCUGCUCCCACUUCCUGUGUGUGUGUGUGUGUGUGUGUGUGUGUGCGUGUGUGUGUGCGUGCGUGCGUGCGUGUGAAAGACUGAGCCUUAAUCCGGCCUUAAAACAACCAUGUGUAAAUAACUGCUUUCUCUCGCAUUCCUGAGCAACAAGACGUGAUAAACCACGAGUCAUGUAUUUAAUAAAAAUUAUAUUUUCCGGUUGCAAACAAAAUGUUCCAAUAAAUAGUUUUUUUUGUGUGGAAAAUAUUUUAAAUUGGUCUGUUGUGUUCUUGGUAUUCAGCCUGUAAGUCAGUGAACUGUUGAGACUGUUGCUUGCCUUUCGAUUUUUAAGCAGCAUCCCCCCACUCCCCCCCGAAACCAUUUCCUGUGGCAGUGUGCUUUUCUCCAUGUACAGUAGUAGAUUCUCCAUGGUGGAUUUCCAAGCUAUUCUGAGUCUCUCCCCGUUUCCACCAGCUCCUGUAAUCCAAUUCUAAAACCGUUAAUUCUUAAAGCUUUAUUAUUGAAAUCGCUGAGACCUCAUUUCAGAUCCUGUCGCCGUUGACGACCGCUGUAAUCAGCUAAUUCAAAUUAUUCCAGGCCAUUAAGUGAUAGGGAGGGAUCAGUCACGGUCACUCGAGUGUGAGUGUGAGAUCAUUACAGCAGAAGUUAUAAAGUGUAUUUUAUUUGCGUGUCAAUGUGAGAGGCAGUGUGUGUGUAUGGUGCCAUUGUGUGUAGUAACUUCAUCCUCAGAGACAGUUUUUCCCAAUUAGCUUUCCGAUCUUGUGCAUGGUGCAAAAUGUUUGUGUGUGUGUAUGAGAGAGAGAGUGGAAGGGGAGGGAGGAGUCUUCAGGGGGGUAUUCUAAAAACAUUUAAACGUCCCUCUACCAAUGUGUGUUUGUAUAUUUGUGUUAAGUGGUGGUGAUUGUCAAAACAAUGUGAGUGCUACAACAGGACAUGUAUCGUCUUUAUGACUGACAAGGGAAUGUUAGUGUGUUUCUGUUGUGUGUAGCUACCGUACUGCAUAUGUGUGGAAGGUAAUUGUACCCGUUUCCAAGAUAAGCUCCUCUAGUGCCCAAUCUGUGAAUAGAGUCAAGGCCCACAGACAAACACACACAAACGUCCAGCCCUCGUAAACAAGUCUCUCUCACAACUUGGUUGCCAGGAGACUUAGCCACAGGCUUUGAGAGUGAGGGAUAAUAAAAGAAAAGAAUAGCAAGAAUGUGUGUGUGUUUGGCCUCUCUUUACCACUGGUGGUUCGCUAUUUCUCAAGGACAGGCAGCGACAGUAUAGGGAGAAGUCAGAGUAGCCUCAGCCCGAGUUUAUCUUCACCAUCCUAGCUUGACGACACUUGAACCCAACACUGUGAGGACAUUGUCUAAACAACUGACCAGUGGAGAGCUGGAGAGAGGACCUGAAGGAGACCAGGGUCAUGCAGAGUAGAGGAUACGAGGAUUGUCACUUUGUCUGGACUGACAGGUUGGUUUAGCUCAUCUGUACUCUACAGUGCAAAAAAAUUGAAAUCUUACCAAGUAUAUCUGUUUAAUUUCCAGUCAAAAUAUCGAAUCUCUAAUAAUGCCAGGAAUCUGUGUGUGUGUACGUAUUAGAAUUGGUUCAGCUUCCAACAAGUAUCUUGAAAACCGGGCAAUCUGCAAAGUUCAUAUUUUGUGUCCUUUUUAGGUUCCCACGGAGAGCAGUGCCGCAAAAAAGGUUUGGAUAAGCAAUUCGC